GUUUUGGACCCCGUGGUGGCAAAUGAUCUUUCGCCAUUAUGCGAGCAGAUGUCGAGCCUUUCUCUUAGCAAACUGGAGGAUAACGAUGCAAACGCAGCGCAUAGGGGUGAUAGUACCGCGCAAGAUGUUGACUGUCACGAGUCUACCGAAAAAUCCGACACCCGCCACACUUCAUUAUCCAGAAUGGGUAGAGAGCGCGCUCCGUUUGGAAAAGGGCUGUUCCAAAUGCUAGCCGCUCUCAAACACAAGGAUGAACAAUUCGCCACACCAUCUCCGAUGGUGAAAUCUCCAUUCACCGAACCUGCGUCUUCCUUGGUAUCUCGGAGUUUCGAUCACAAAGAAAAUAGUUCUUGCGAUGAGAUGAGUCCAUCAAGCUCCUCAACUGAUCCCUGUGCGGAUGUUUCAUCAUCGAUCAACAUAAGCAAAUCGACAGCGGUAGAUAGUCAAGUUCCAGAUGCAUUAUCACAGGAAAAGCAAGUAGAUGAGCAGGAGAGCGUACUGGACGGUCUUGUGUUUCCGGAGUGCAGCGAGGAUCUCAAACGAUAUCUGGAUUUCAUCAGAAAAAUAGUCGCAACGUAUAAUCUGGAGUACAAUAUUCAACCCAAGGCAAGCUUUUGA